ACACACGCCCUGCUCUCCUCUCUCACCGGGGGGAUUUUCAGAGACCUGGGUUGCUGUCUGAGACGUCUGCGUUUGCCCUGGAAAUCGUGACUUCUAAAGCCACAUCAAAGUCCGUAAUGGGAGGGGCUUGGGUAGAGCGGUGCUAAUCGGUGGAACUUUUCUUCACCAGCAUUUUUUUCCCCCCCCGAAUGGGGGUAGGCUUUCACUGCGCACAAAGAUCGGUUAGGGGUGGAUCUCAUUGCCGCUGUGCUGGAGUCGCUGUGUGUUGGAGGGGGAGAGGGCCACACGUUAACAGCCGUGGGGGGAGAAGAGGGACCGGACCCCCACACCGGAAGCUUGUGGAUGUACUGGGAGCUGUGGCCGAGCCGGGUGAGCGGGACUCCGCCCCAGUGCAUUGUGGGCAGGAGGAAAGAAGCGCUGCACCGGCCGUUCGGAGUGGACUCAGCCGCUCUGACCGAGGCGGUGCGCUGGAGCUCCAAGGAGAACCUGCUGGGCGCGGCCGAGAGCGACCCCAACCUCUUCGUUGCACUUUACGACUUCGUCGCCAGCGGCGACAACACGCUGAGCAUCACCAAAGGCGAGAAGCUGAGGGUGCUGGGCUACAACCAGAAUGGGGAGUGGAGCGAGGUGCGCUCCAAGAACGGCCAGGGCUGGGUGCCCAGCAACUACAUCACGCCGGUCAACAGCCUGGAGAAGCACAGCUGGUACCACGGGCCGGUGUCCCGGAGCGCCGCCGAGUACCUGCUCAGCAGCCUCAUCAACGGCAGCUUCCUGGUGCGCGAGAGCGAGAGCAGCCCGGGCCAGCUGUCCAUCUCGCUGCGCUACGAGGGCCGCGUCUACCACUACCGCAUCAACACCGCCUCCGACGGCAAGGUGUAUGUGACGGCUGAGAGCCGCUUCAGCACCCUGGCGGAGCUGGUGCACCACCAUUCCACAGUGGCCGACGGGCUGGUCACCACGCUGCACUACCCCGCCCCCAAGUGCAAUAAGCCCACCGUCUACGGGGUCUCGCCCAUCCACGACAAGUGGGAGAUGGAGCGCACCGACAUCACCAUGAAGCACAAGCUGGGCGGCGGCCAGUACGGGGAGGUGUACGUCGGGGUCUGGAAGAAGUACAACCUCACCGUCGCCGUGAAGACGCUCAAGGAGGACACCAUGGAAGUGGAGGAGUUUCUGAAAGAAGCCUCUGUGAUGAAAGAAGUGAAACAUCCCAAUCUGGUGCAGCUGUUGGGUGUGUGCACACUGGAGCCGCCCUUCUACAUUGUGACGGAGUACAUGCCGCACGGGAACCUGCUGGACUACCUGCGGGAGUGCGACCGGGAGGAGGUCAACGCCGUGGUGCUGCUCUACAUGGCCACUCAGAUCUCCUCCGCCAUGGAGUACCUGGAGAAGAAGAACUUCAUCCACAGAGACCUGGCCGCGAGGAACUGCCUGGUGGGGGAGAAUCACGUGGUGAAGGUGGCCGACUUCGGGCUGAGCAGGCUGAUGACUGGAGACACCUACACUGCCCACGCCGGGGCCAAGUUCCCCAUCAAGUGGACCGCUCCAGAGAGCCUGGCCUACAACACCUUCUCCAUCAAGUCCGACGUCUGGGCUUUCGGGGUGCUGCUUUGGGAGAUCGCCACCUACGGCAUGUCGCCGUACCCGGGGAUAGACCUGUCCCAGGUGUACGACCUGCUGGAGAAGGGCUACCGCAUGGAGCAGCCCGAGGGGUGUCCGCCCAAAGUGUACGAGCUGAUGAGGGCCUGCUGGCAGUGGAGCCCUUUGGAUCGACCUUCAUUUGCAGAGACGCACCAAGCGUUUGAGACCAUGUUCCACGACUCCAGCAUCUCUGAAGAGGUAGCAGAGGAGCUGGGUAAGACGGCGUCUUCCUGCCCUGCCAUGCCGGUGCACCCCUUUGGCCCGGACCUGCCCCUGCUGCCCUCCAAGUCCCGCACGCCGAAGAAGCACACCGAGAACAAGGAGAACAUCGAGGGGGGGCUGGACGGCAGGCAGGACCCCCCCGGUCACAGCGGCCCCUCAGGACUGAUGAGCAGCCUGCUGGGAGGGGACGCGAUGGGAGGCUCCCCAGCCCUGCCCCGCAAGCAGCGGGACAAAUCCCCCAGCAGCCUCCUGGAGGAGUCUCAGGAGACCACGUUCACGCGGGACCGCAAGGCCGGCUUCUUCAGCUCCUUCAUGAAGAAGAAGUCGUCGUCCUCGUCUUCCUCCUCGCAGCCGCAGCAGAGCCUGCCCACCCCGCCCAAGAGGAGCAGCUCCUUCCGCGAGAUGGAGAACCAGCCGCACAAGAAGUACGAGCCCACGGCCGCCUUCGCCGGGUUCGGCUCGCCGGCCCCCUCCCUGCCCCAGGCCGACGGGCUGGGCUUCUCCCCGUCCCACGGGGAGGGGAACCACAUCCAGUCGCGCUGCUGCGGGGCCAGCUUCGGACAGAAGGCCUCCUCCAGCUCCGCCUCCACCGGGGCGGCCCCGCCCACAGGCAGCAGCAGCUGGGCGGGGCUGGCCGGGUUCUUCACCCCCCGCCUCAUCAAAAAGACCCUGGGGCUGCGGACGGGGAAGUCCUCGGCGGAGGACGGGGGCGGGGGCGGCGGCGGCGGGGGGAAGCCCUUCCCCAGGUCCAACUCCACGUCGUCCAUGUCGGCGGGGCUGCCGGACCUGGAGCGCAUGGCGCUGACGCUGCCGCGCAACCGCAGCAAGCCGCCGCUGGAGCGCACCGCCUCCACCGCCUCGCAGCCGGAGAACGGGGCGGCGGCGGCGGCGGCGCGCUCCUCCGAGGCGCUCCUGCGCAAGCUGGACGAGGGCACGGCGCAGAUCCGCGACCGGCCCAAGGCCAAGCUGCUCCCCCGCAGCGCGGGCGCCGCCGCCGCCACCAGGGCGCCCGGGGUGGGCGGCGAGGCGGAGGGCCAGGAGGGGGCGGGGGUGGCACAGGACAGGCAGGGCUGGUCCUCCCCCUCCAAAUCGGCGGGCCAGCAGGGCCCGGCGGCGGCGGGGGCGGGGGCCACCCCGCACAACCACAAGGUGCCGGUGCUGAUCUCGCCCACGCUGAAGCACAGCCCCGCCGACGUGCACCUGGUGGGCGUGGACUCCCAGGGCAACCGCUUCAAGCUGCUGUCCGAGCACCAGACGGACCGCGACCGGCCCCGGCUGGUCAAGCCCAAGUGCGCCCCCCCGCCGCCCCCCACCCUGCGCUUCCUGCAGCACCACCCCUCCAACUACAGCGGGGACGGGGCCGAGGAGCAGGGGCCGGUGGAGGUGAACGGCGACGCCCUGAGGAGGCGGGGAGGGGGCCGGGAGGGGGAGUGGGGGGGGGGAGGGGGGAGACCCUCAGUGCCGCCGCCGCAAGUGCCUCCGCCCCCCUCGGCCCCGUCGUCCUCGCCCGCCAGCGUCGCCACCCCGACCAAGAUGGCUAACGGCGCCACGGGCAGCGGCCCGUCCAAGGCGGCGCUGCGGCGGACUCGGCAGCAGGUGGAGCGGCUGCCGCCGGAGAAGGUGAGCAAGGAGGCCCUGCUGGAGUGCGCCGAGGGCCUGAGCAGCGCCCUGCAGGGCAGCGCCGAGCCCUCCUCCAGCAGCCACGUGCUGGACGCCGGCCACCAGCUGCUGGACUACUGCUCGGGCUACGUGGACUGCAUCCCCCAGACGCGCAACAAGUUCGCCUUCAGGGAGGCCGUGGGCAAGCUGGAGCUCAGCCUGCAGGAGCUGCGCGCGUCCUCCUCCUCCUCCUCCUCCUCCGGGGGGGGCGGGGGGGCCACCAGCGGCCCGGGACACGGCCCCGCCCUGGACAACUUGCACACCUGCAUCAAGGAAAUCAGCGACGUGGUGCAGAGGUAGCCGCGGCGGCGGCCUCCCGCCCUUUUUUUUUCGGCUGUCGCGUUUCAAAUUUCGGGGCAGAGAACGAUCUCAAACGUACCUCAGAAAUUCACUACGCAUUGUAUCACUGUUUACAGCUAACUCUCGUAAAUAACCUGCGGGGAGCACAGUUCUUACCUGGCAUGAAACGUUUAUACCAAACCAGAAGGGGGCGGUCCCUCUUUUCACGAAACACGUCUUUUCUCAUAGUGUAACUGACACUGGGUUGUAACACCUUUGGUCAUUAGCGGUGUCCUGUCACCGAUUGGCUCUAGAGAGCUGGGCCAGCUCCUCGGGCAGGGAAGGCUGUUGGCUGCAACCAACUGGGAGCAACAGUGAUUGGCGGAGCAACUGGCAGGAGUCUUUGUCCCACUUCUGGUUUGGUAUGACGUGUCAUUACACAGCACACGUACACGCCCUCAACCCAACUGGAGUCCCUAACCUCAGACACUGUACACAGGCCCCGCCCCCCACCCCACUACAUGUCUUGAACAUGCAUGAAAUAUCAGCGUUCGUUCGGUUCAAAGGUGUCGUCUGUCCUGUAUAACGGCACUAUGUCACUUCCUACUUUCUCAGCAGUUUGCUUUUGUUUUGUUUUGGUUUUUUUUUUAUUGCAGAAGUUCUGUACUACACUACCGUAUACCAUUGUCUGUGGUUCCCCUCAACCUAAAAUGUAAUUUGCACUUAAAAAUCUCAAGACUUGCUGUGGCAAAUUAUUCUCACACGGGGUGUCACAUCACAUUUCAAUACGGCCUUCACAUUUGUAUCCAUCGUUUUGGACAGUAGAGACUAUGUUGCUAUUAAUUGCAUAAAAUAUCAGUUUAAGAUUCUAACAGAAACUCCCUUGCACGUGUGCUGUAUGACUUGUUUGUAGAAGCGGUUGAUGAAAGCUGAGGGCUUUAUUAAAGGUAGAAUGGGACACUUGGGCAGGGAGAGUGUUACUGGGGGCGGAGCCAGCUGUGGUUCAUCAAGUGUCCUUGAGGGGUGGUCAAUGCAGGGCAUCCUGUCACGGGUCUAAUGUGUCGUAAUGCCUGGUGUCUCAAACACAGAAACAACUGUCCUGGGAAAACUGAAGUAGUUGAAACACAAGCUACAGUCCUUCUCUAGCACAUUUGCAAUUUAUGGAUUAUUUCAGUAGAAUGUCUUCAUGUAUAAACUUGAAUUUAAUUUUAUUUAAUUGAAAGCACAGAUGUAUUUUUCUUUUUUUAAGAAAGACCCUACAUUGUUUCAUAUCAUGGUAAAGUACUCGCGAUUAAGUUUGCUUUCUUGGCCUCUGUGGGAUACUAGGUGUGACGGUGAGAGACUGUGGCUCUGGGUUGCCUGUCACACGGAUGAAUGUAUGCUUUCUUUAAACAUGAAUGUUGAAGUCAUCAACCCGCAGACGGUGUGGACUGAAGUGGCUUAUGUGAUGAGGUGGUGUUACUUUCUGCCCGUCUUUGUUUUCUAUGUCACUGGUCAGCUGAGGUGGUACAUCUUUCAUUGUAAGAGCCUCUCACUUCUUUCUUUUCUCUUUGUUAUCUGAGCGAUCUUGGCUCCAACAGAGUAACUGUGCAGAUUAAUGUUUCCGGAAAAUAGCCCUCUUCAGGCUGCGCCACAAUUGGGGGGGGGGUACAUAAAUCAGAUUUUCCGAAACAUUUGCAGUUGAUGGCUUGGAGAAAAGCUCUCUUUUUGUGAAGGAAAAGCACCAUGAAUCUGGGAAUGACCUGCAGGUUCCCUAUGAUACCUCAGCCUGCAGUGGUGUAAAACCAGGAAAUGUUACAGCCACUGUCAAAAACAAAUCCUGAAGUGCAGACGUUUCCCCCCUCGGGUGCAGAAGUUGGCCGAAGCACAGUUAAAACACAGCAGUGCAUUAGAAUGUCUGGCGUUCUAAUUUGUCAGCAGGUUCCACGUGCAGUCACAUCGAGUCAUCCCAGCAGGAAAUGGGGUGACAUUAAGGCUACCUCGGGCAAGGCCAGCUCCCACUUACAGGAAGGCUGGAUAAAAACAAGUCUCUCAGCGCUCAGCUCUUCGGCUAAUUUCUAAUUACGUAGCCACACAUUUCAGUUUUGCAUUUCUCAGUUUUGCAACGUGAGGCUGCGUGCGCGCUCUUGUUCGCUGCAGUGCUUCAUGAGAGAUUUGUGAAAGAUAAACCGUCCCUUCAUCUCCCCAAAAACUUCGUUCAGUACCACUUUGAGCUGUUUUGCCUGAACGGGCCUGUAUUUCUAGCUUUGUCGAAUGCAUCUCUUAUCAAACACAUUCUACCAGUCAACUUUUGAAAAGACAUGGUAAUAUUAUAUGUGGUCGCCUUAUGAGAAACCUUUUGAACUAAAUAAAAUAAGAAUGUCAUAUAAAUAAGAUGCUUCACUCUGUAGCAUUUAAUAUGUGAAAACACUGCUUCUGACUGGCAUGAAGCACCGACAUUACAUUUCCUAUCCUAGCCACACAAGUUUUGGGGGUCUUUCCCCAGGCAUCCAUUUUAGAAUCAUGGCCUUACUUUGAAGUCCAUUUCGUUUUUUCUCAUCUCACGCACAGAUCUAUUUCCGUAACUAACUCCUAACUCCCAUUUCUGCUAUCAACACUAUGCUGACCACAGGUCCUCACUACGUCUGAAAAAGCAGGAUCACACAUCUACUUACCUUCUUCAACUAAGUAAUUUGGCCAAAUCCACAGAAAGUUGUCUCUUUUUUUUUCAAUGUGAGAUUUCAGAAUUAUUAUUAUUUUUACCUACUGGAUAAAAUGUUGCCCAAUGAUUCAUGGUGCCUUUUGUGAAAGAUUUAAUGUAUUGUGCACUACUCAAUUCAGAGACGUUUAUAGUUACCCGUUAUUGUAAAUACUUUUUUGUAUCAUUGUUUUCAGGAAUGACUCACUUUACAAUGCGGUUUAUGGUCAAAUGGAAUUUCAGCCCUAUGGAAUAUAUUUCUCUUGCCAAGUUCAGUAUCUGCCAAUUUACUUAUCAGUUUUGCCUCUUGUAUGAAUUGGGUGCUUGUCACAUUACAUUUCUCUGCAAAGCCAGAGCUUUUGGUUAGCACUGGUGUUUGUGUGACCUGUAUGCUUGCGAGAAUCAGCAUUGCACAACUCCGUGCCAUUUCCUAUUGUUCGAGUCCCAACACAACACAGAAUGUUUUCCAUUCUUCUGGCCUGUAGUGUUACUGCAGCUGAAUAGCAGGUAUUGAUUAGAUUUUGUGUUUUGCCCAUGAGUCACCUGUGCUAGUUGUCUGUGCACAUUCUGUCCAAAUCUGUCUGAUUUGGCUUUUGUAUUUUCCAUUCAAAUCGUUUUUUUUUUUUGUUUUUUUUUUUUUUAAAUAAUCAUCCAAACCUUAUUGCUUUUAGUUCAUCACUUGUAAUAGUCAGACUGCCCUAGCAUAGCAACCAUUGAUUUUCCAAAUCAUCCAAAACUAUCAACAGCUUGUGUAUUAAUACGCCCAGAUUCCUAGAACUGCCUUUUGUUUCUCCAUUCAGGGAAAUGAUGUCAAUUAAGUCACACUGUAAAAAGCUUGAAAAGAAGCGACUCCUGUUUCCUCCUUAUUUCCUGAGCCAAAUGCGGUCUUCCUGCUCACAAAGCCAUUCAGACAUAUCUCAGUCAAGUCAGGUCAGGCUCACAAUAAAAGUGUCCAAACAUUUCAUUUUGGUAAUUUUGUAUACCAGUGUCCAAUUUUUUGCCCAAAUUAUGUUGUGCAUACAUUAUUUUGUAUUUAUUUUGUUUUAUUUAUUAUGUUUUAUAAUCAUUUGAAGCCUGGAAGUCACAUCCUGGGAAACAGUCUGUCUUUCUUGUAUUUUUUUAAGCAGUGCUGAAGAAAAUUUUCGUAAGCAUCGUUUAUACCAAAGGCCACUUCUUCAGUUCUACUAGUGCAAUGAAAACCUAAACACUUCUUAACUGUAAAUAUGUGAAUUUUAA